AUGCUUUCCACCCAUCCGAGUUGCGUGGAGUCCGAGUACUGGCGCCUGGUUUCGAUUGUGGUUCCAAUCAUCUGCGGUGUCCUUGCGACGGUUUUCUUCCUUCUCCGCCUGUAUUGUCGCCGCGCCGACGGCCAGGCCUUCAAGAUUGAUGAUCUGAUGAUGGGCAUGGGACUCUUAUUCUCGUAUGCAGUCACCGGCUGUACGACCUUCAGCGCGGUUCAUCACGGCGGAAAACAACCCUCCAUCUGGUCACCGGAGGAGGAAGAGCGUCACUUGCUGGUGUCCUGGCUGUUCGACAAAUUAUGGCCCUUUGCACAAGUAUUUGUGAAGACCUCAAUUCUCAUCUUUCUGGACCGAUUGUUCUCCGUGAUACAGCGAUUCCGGAUCCUUGCCAGAAGUCUGAUCGUAUUCACCGUCGCAUGGGGGGUUGCCGCAGUUCUUGUUGCCACCCUGGAAUGUUCGCCGCCGCAAUAUUAUUGGAACAAGAAGAUAGAGGGACGUUGUAUGCCCGAGCAAGCAGCUUUUUACAAUGCCAUUGGGUCCCUUGCCUUUGCUGAAGAUAUUAUCAUUCUGUUGAUGCCCAUUCCGAUAGUAUGGCAGCUGCGCUCAACCGUACAACAAAAGCUCGAAGCGACAGCGCUCCUUUCAAUAGGCGCAAUGGUCUGUGUUUUCAGUAUUCUGCGAUUUAUUGAGUACCUCAACUAUGUCACGCCAGAACAGGCCGUCUUUCGCAUAAAAGCUACCAAGCCAACCUUGGACUCGAGUUCCACGGAGGCAGGACAACUACUGAGUCAAAUUGACAGUGUCUUGAGUCCUACAAUGGAAAUGAGUAAUCAACCGAGGAAGGCAUGCGAUCUAUGCUACACUCGCAAGAUCAAGUGCGACGGACAGAAACCUCGCUGCUCGAACUGCAUCAACUAUGCGACGGAUUGCACACAUACGGUAUUGAGCCGGAAGUCGAAGCCCAGAGCACAACGUAGUAGCGGGACCAAGGAGACGAACGAAGUGCAGAGCCUACAAGCUGAAGUACAGCGUUUAAAGACUGAACUCGCUCAGAAUCGAGAUCAACAUCAGACGCGAAAUCUGACACGAGGACUCGAGGAGACGAUAACAGCAACGCACGUUGAAGAUCAACACUAUGAGGACAAUGAUCAGACAGUCAGCUCACUGAAGCUACCUCCGCUACAACAAGCCAUGAUCAUGGUCGGAAUCUUUCUCAACACUUACAACUCGGUCCUGCCGCUCUUUCAUACUGACACGCUCUUACGUCUAGUCGGCGAAUGCUAUGCCUGUCAUCCCCGACAACGCGACCCAGUAGUAUGGGCUGCCAUCAACGUCGUCUUUGCCUUGGCUAGCCAACAGGUCCCAGGAGACGCUAGUAAUGCCCGGUCUCAGUACCAGACCGAUCAAACAAUGGAGUAUCUCAACAAAGCACAAUCCAUCAUCUCGACUGUGAUGCUGGGUGAGACCCACCUCCUCAACAUACAGGUACUAGUAGGCAUGGUGAUGGUGCUUCAAACUGCGCACAAUGUGACCCCAUCAUUGAUUCUGAUAUCAGCAACCAUGCGUCUCGUACAUAAGUUAGGCCUACACAACCAUGCAGCAUCAACACAUCUGGAUCCUGUGCAAAGGAGACAGCAUGCCCGCGUCUUCUGGCUGGCAUACAUUCUCGACAAAGACUUAAGCCUUCGUACCCAACAACCUUCGAUUCAGCUCGAUGACGACAUUGACGUGCAGUUACCUUCUUCCUUGCCGACGACUAAUGGCGAUAAUGACAACACGGCUGGCAUCGUCAUCACGGCUGACGGAAGUGCUAGGAUGAAUUAUUUUCUAGCUCGCAUUAAGCUGGCUAAUAUCGAGGGUCGUGUAUAUGACUCUCUCUACUCAACACGAGCAGUGAAUCGAAGCCUGGAAGAGCGUCGCAAUGCAACGGAGAGCAUUGUUAACGCACUCGAUGAAUGGCGAGCUUCUAUCCCACCCGAAUUUAGCGCCAGUAUGGUCACCUCGAGCACCAGACAUAAACCGGUAUAUAGUGGAUUUUUCUGUGUGCUACACUCAACCAGUCUCCAAUGCAUGGCGCUUGUUAGCAGGGCUCACGCUUGGGAUGGACAAUGGGUGAGUGGUCUUCGCAACCAUAGCAGAGGAGUUCAGACACUGCAGCUACCACCAGCUUGGGAGACAAUAGUACAUCAGGCGCGAAACUACAUGCUAUUGUUUCGAGAGAUUUGGUCGAGAGACGCCUGGUUCCGUUGGAUGACUUCAUGUCCUUACACGACCGCCAUGGUGCUAUUGACGGCCAACACUUUGUACGAUUCGUGGCAUGAUAAGAUCCAGCUAGAUAUCGAGCUGAUCGAUUCAGCCCUUCUUUGGCUCAAUGAGGCCAUGAAGGAAAAUCAAUCGAAGGAAGCCCAAGCGCUUCGGGAAACUUGUGUUGAAGCUGUCCGAACGGUGAAGCAAAAGCUAGCGGAAGGCAUCACAACGUCGUUUAGCCAUCAUGGGUUGCUGAAUUAUCCAGAUAUGUUAGAGCCAUUCUAUGUGUACACCAGGACGGAAGGGGUUUAA